UUAAUUUUUAUUUGUUUUGAUUUUUUUUCCUUCAUCUUUUUGACUCUUUCUCUCUUCUUCUUUUUCUCAUCCUCUCAUCUUCUUUCUCUUUCUCUCUCUCUCUUUAUCUCUUUCUCUAUUUUGCUUGACCCAAGGUAUUUUUAAUCUUUUCCCCUCAGGUAUGGACGAUAUUAUUCCCUAUCCAAAUUACGAUAAUAUUUACAACGAUUUAUCAAAUAGUGACCCUAAGAAUAAAAAACCAAUCAUUUCAACUACAACUACUGGUGAUCCAAUUAUCGAGAUGAAUGAUACUUGGAAUUAUAAUUAUGAAGGAGGUAAAACGAUUCUUGAUCUCAACGAUGACGUUAUGUUUGAAAUUCUAAAGAAUUUAACCAAUGUUAGAGAAUUACUUCGCCUCAAGUCAGUUUGCAAAAGGUUCGAGAUUGUGGUCUCUAAAUAUGUUAAAUUCUGCCCGAUUCAGAUAUGUAAUCCUCGUCACCUCUAUUACACCUCAGAAUUUCGUAAAAUGUUUGAACCUCGAAUCCAUAAGAUAGAGAUUAACUUUGCUCAUCUAUUACAUAAUUGUAAACGUCUUACUCAUUUGAAUGCUUUGGUAUUUACUAAUUUUGUUUGGUGGGAUCUUCGUAAAUUACCAGGAAAUUUACCCUAUUUAGUCAGUCUGGAAGUUCGAGCCUCUCACCCUACCCUGAGUAACUCCAAAUUGUCAGACCUGUUGAAAAGAUGUACUAAAUUAGAGAAGCUAAUCAUCUGGGAUUUUGCUCGAUUUAACAUGGAUUUUACCUGCCUUAGUGUUAAUUUAACCUGCGUUGAAUUCAAAAAUCAUUGUUGUGACGAUGCUGUUCUCAGUUUACUCCAGAAAAAAGGAUCUCAACUGAAACAAUUGAGAAUCGAAAACGCUAAGUACAACUCUAAUUACCAAUCUCGUGUUGACAAGAUUAACGAAACUAAUCUUGUUAAACUUCUUGAAUACUGCCCUAAUCUUGAAAGUAUAUUCUUAAUCAAAUACAACAUGCUUGGUAAUUUAGGCUGUUUACUUGAAGUGAAAAACCUGAAACAAUUGGUAAUUGAUGCAACCAAAGUUGAUCAUCGUUUCUCCCGUGAAGCUUACAUGCAAAUAUUGAUCAAUAAUCCAAGCCUUACUCAUCUAACUAUUCCUGUUCAUAAUAAUGAUUUUUUAGAUUUUGUUAAAACUUGUGCUCUCUAUAAUCCAAAUCUGCAAUAUCUUGAUGGUUUAACGACACAGUUAUACAACGAUGAGACGGUCAAUUCAAUCAUUAAAAUUUGGUCAAAAUUCAACAACCUAUUGGAAUUGAAUAAAUGUACCAGGUCCAAAUUCAGUCUUGCACGAACUCAUUUGAAAGGAUAUAGCGGAUGACAUAAUAUAAUUCAUCGAAUACUUCAGAACCUGUUAUUAUAACCUUAAAGAAAAUCAAAUCAAACAUUAAUCUGUUCAUCAUCAUCACCAACUCAUCACAUCAUUUUUUUUUCCUCAAAAUCAUCAAUUUCUGUUUUAUCUUUGAAUUUUUUCCCUCCUCCUCAUCUCUCUCUUUCUCUCUAUUUCCUCAUCUCUUCAUCUUCAUCAAUGACAAUUUUCAUUAAUCCCUCACGACGAAAAAAAAAGAGAUAAUCUUAAAUGAGAAAUGAUCAAUUUGAUUAUCUUCUAAUCCGAUUACUUAUACACUAAUCUAGUUCAAUUUUUAACCUUUCCGAUUGAAUCUUUUCUCUCACCCAAAUCAACUGAAAAGUUCAUCAACCAAAAACACAAGAAUCUCCAAUUUUUGUUUCCAUCAUCAACAAGACUGGUACUUCAUCAAAAUGAGAAACAAUUAACAUUAAUAACAAUGCCAAAAAAAACGACAAAUCAAAAAAAAUCAACUCUCUUCUAUCAUUAUGGUGGAUUCAUUGGACACACGAGAUUGUUUUGAUUUACCUGUUGUCUAAUUGAUUCAUUGGAUUGGAUGAUUUUCUCACUAAUCAUUGAUUUAAUUGACCAUCACCAACCUGUUUAUAAUUUUAAAAGGAUUCAUCUUACAAAAGAAACAUUUACACCUCAACUGACCAAAACUCUCGUUCAUUUGGUGGGAAAAAUUUUUAUCAACAAAUUUGUUUGCAUGAUCAUCAAAAUCGUGAGAAAAUGAUUUCAAUCAACAACAUCACUGAUAGUAGAUGAAAUUAAUCAAAUCAACAACAAAACAAGCCUUCUCAAUGUGCAGCUAAAACAAUUGUAUUGGCCAAAUACCUUCGAGUUUUGAUCAACUGUUCAAUUUGGUUGAUACAUUUGAACCUUUUCAUCUACGAUCACAAAAUGCCCAAAAAUCCCCAAACAAACAACAAAAAAUCAACACAAAAAAAACACAACUUACAUUAUUAACCCAGUCCAAUAUUAAUCCAUUACCCUGGUAUAAAUUAUUUUUAUUUAAAUACAACAAGACACUCGACAAAACAAAGAGUUGAUCCUUUUGGUGAAAAUGCUUAUACAACAAAGAAAAAGACUCAAACUGACCAUCAAAUAUCACAAUCUUGAGAGAUGGUUAUUUCCUGUGAUGCUUUAAAUCUCCUCAACAAGGUUGUCUGUAGAAAAAAAAACCCAAACAAAAAAAAAUCAAUUUAAAUGAAUAAUAAACAACCAAAAAAAUGAAUAAAAUUUUUGUUAAUAUUUACAA